AUGACGUUACGCGGGCGACCAGCGAAAGGCGAGACGACCCCUUUUUUCGACCGGUCAGUCGUCGCAGAAAUAGCCAAAAGGCUGCAGGAAGAGGAGGAGCUGGAGAUCAGAAGGCGGAGGCUGGACAGCAGCUGCCAGAGCCAUGACAACGGCCUCUCGACCAUUGGAGGGGCCGACCUGUGCCAGGAGGUGGCGGCGCUGGAGCUGGGGGCGCUGGAGCAGGUGCUGCAGGACGAGGAGCUGGCCCGCCGGCUGCAGGACGAGGAGGAGCUGCUCCUGAGAGUGAGCCCUCCGGCCUCACCCGGCUUGCAGAACCCCGACCCAGCGGAAGACUUCAUAGCCGCCCAGGUGGCUCAGGAUGAGGAGAUCGCCCACUUCAUGCAGCAGCAGGAGAUGAAGACCCAGCGCCGGUCACGCGAUUUGGAAGGUCAAGGGUCAUUGCGGCGCGAACACAGAGACCCCGGCGACCCACCCGAGAGGAGGCGUGGCCGAGAGAGAAAGGUGAGCGUGACCCAGGCUCAGCGGGAGCUCCUGGACGGGGAGGGGACGCAGCCGCCAGGAGAGGACUGGUCACCAGAGCGCCGUGCAUCUCCCCCACAGCUGCGCAGCACUGCCAGCAGCCCGCAGCAGCAGCCCGUCAGGAACAUCGCGGAGGAGCUGGACCCCACUUUCAGGGCCAGGUGCCAGGAGGGCGCGGCAGAGGGCCUCGCACCCGCGCCGGCCGAGCCCCUCCAGCACCGCGGCCCCUGUGACCACCCCCAGGACAGCUCCGAGCCCGCCUUCGUCAGCCCCACCAGGCGGCACAGCGACAAGGCCACACGCGCCAAGACCAAAGACAAGAAGGAGAGCUGCAAGCAGCAGUGAGCCGGGCUGGACCGGGCUGGACCUGAUAGGCUGGCAUUCCUGUCUUGAACCGAAGUACGAGAAGGAAGUAUGAGACUUCGUAGGACAUUUGAAUUCCUGACGUUGAAUGGAUUUUUUUUUUACCCGAGACGGAAAGGAGCUGUUUUUUUUUAUUUUUUUAUUUUUAAGAGGCGAUCGUGAUGGGGGGGACUAGCCCUUGGGUUUGCUGUUAAAACCCUUACUUUCAGGGAGCUGUUUGGGGGUUUCUAAUGAAUGUUUACUCACCGCUGGUCUUGGUAAGUAUGGCUCAGUCUCCCUCUGGAAGGGAGCGCUGGACUGGUGGCCUCCGGUCUUGCAGGACGUCUCGCUGUUUCAUCACCAGCCGCCUCCAAUCUGGGGGCGCCGCAGGUGGUGCAGUGUGGAGGCGUGGGAAGGGAAGGACAGGGAUCAUAUCCAGGGCGGGGGGAACAUCAGAAGUGUGUCGUGAUUGGUGUGGCGCUCCCUCUGUGGGUCUGGGGUCCUGCAGCCUGCUGGGCGUCUGUGCUCAUCCGUCCCAGGCAGAGCGUCACCCCAGCUUGGGCUCUCGCUACUCUCCGUGCAAGCCCCUGGAUCUUAAACCUCCCAUCGGAUCGUUCCUCUGGCGUACCGGGAUGGAAUCUUUUUUUUUUUAUAACGCCCUGUUCAUUUAAGACAUCACCUGUCAAAUAGGCUUUUAAAAGAGAUCCGAUUCAAGGGUGAAGUCAGAUCCAAAGCAUUUACAGCAAACCUGUGUGCAGUUGUUCCAAGACUGGAAAAAAGAGCCUUUAAGGAAGCACGGGUUAUCAUCUUACAUGUCAACAGAAAAACAAAAAGUGAUCCUUACUGACUCACUGGUCUUGUCCUAAACGGUGCCUUUGUCCUUGCUUGAGCUUGGGAUUGCGAAUUCGCCUCUGACGCCGCACACCAGUGACUUCCUGUUCCCAGGACUGUACAGUGGCCUUCACCACGCCAGUCUCCAGGAGGGUCAAGGAUUCUGCAGAACUCCACUGAAAAGUAAAAUCGGCAGUCCAGUUACAGAUUCUGUUUUACCAUGCCAUUAGAAAUAGAAAGUGCAAAUGUAUCUCAGUCCGCGGUUGUUGGAAUUGCACAAGGCUGUUCUGGAGCCUUUACACCACCAGUUCUCCUGAUCUUGGAGCUCCCUGUGAAUAGCACCAUCCGGUUUCACUUCUUUUCUGCAGAUAUUCCCUGACAUAGUUCAAGAAGCAUGAGUGAAAGCGCGCCCUUCCUAGAGCUCUUUCCCAGUGCACGGGCUGAUCCUGCUUGGUGGCUGGCCCCCUUCCCGUUGAGAAGCAGGAUUGAAAACGGGGAGAGAGAGCCCCCCCCCCCACACCUUCCUCUCUUUCUCCGUGGUCCUGAAUUGCUUUUACUGGUGAUCUCCGGGGAACGUGGCCCUUGUGCAAGCCCAGAGCCAGAACGCACGAGACGCUCCGU